ACAAGAAACACCCCAUGGCCCCUGUUCAGUCUCUUCCUUUUAUUGCCACAACCUCUCUGGCCAUGUUGCUCCUUUUUGUCCUUCCUCCAGCUGCCCUUUCUCAAGGCCCUGCCACCCAGACACCUCCGACCAUAACCAACUGCGCUUCACGCUUGCUACCACUAUCCCCAUGUGCACCAUUUGUCCAAGGCACAACCCAGUCGCCGGCACAGAUGUGUUGUAUUAACCUCAAGCAGAUCUACAACCAGCAACCUGCUUGCCUUUGCCUCUUGCUUAAUGGCACUACGUUGAGCAAUAUGCCUAUUAACUCCACACUAGCCCUGCAGCUGCCUGUUCUUUGUGGCCUUGAAGCUAACGGCUCUGCCUGUUCUGGGGUACCUGCGCCUGCCGGUUCUCAAGUUUCCUUUGGCUCUAAUGCCAACGCUACUGUUGCUGCUUCUCCUAUGCGGGUUCCAGUGGCACCUACACCGAGCAUGAUGGGACUUGGACUCGGCGGGAGUUCUGGGAUAAUGUUGAAAGCAGGAGGUGAAUUGGUAGUUGUGGCUGCAGUUUCAGUAAUUCUGAUUGCAAUACGUGGAGUCUAACAAUCCAACAUUAGCUUUUUUAAUUCAGUCACUAUCAGUAGGUGAUUAUGGUGUUCCUGGUGAAUUUAACUAGUAAUUACGAUAAGUAUUAGCAUUAAAC